GCUCCAGGCCUGGGCGUGUACUAAGGGCAGAGCAGCCAGAAGAGGCCUGGCUGCCGCGGGCUGGGCAGGCGCUGACUCCAGCGCUAGCUGUGCCUGCCUAGGUCCGCUCAGGUGCAAAGACUUCCCCUGUGAGGAGGAGGAGGAGGAGGAGGAAGACACAGUGCUGCUCCAACAGCAGAUCAAGGCAGGCCCCAGGAGCCCAGGAUCCGGGGGGUCUUCAGUGAUUGUCUGCGGGGGAGCCAGAAGCUAGGAGGCCUGGAGGGUAGCUGGGCCCAGGAGCCAGAAACAGACCCCAACCAGGAGCCGGGUCAUGGACCCUACUGAGGGGGCUGCUGAAGCCCCAGCUGUCACGGCAGUGCCCCGGGAGCUUCUGGAAGAAAUGCUUUGGUUCUUUCGCGUAGAAGAUGCAACUCCUUGGAAUUAUUCCAUCCUUGCCCUGACGGUGGUGGUGGUGGGGAUAAGCGUCUUCCUCCUGAUAAGGAGCAUCCAGGCAAACAGGAAUCUAAAGAUGCAACCGCUGGAAAAAGAAACUCCAGAAGUCCUGUACCUGAGUGAGGUCAGACCCAAAGAUGACAGGAGCCUGGACAACCUCAGAGAGACCCUGCUAUCCAAAAAGCCGGACUUCGCCCAGGAGCAAACCGAGCUAAAAGACAGAGACCUCCCAUCGGUCCUCAUUUCAAACCCAUCAGAAUCAGACAGCUAGGGAGGGCUCAGGAGCUGAGCUCAGCGUGGGGGCUUGAAAGCCCUCAGGUUUUAUGGUCUUUACGGAGCAGCCCAACCUUCCUAUCAGCAGGCUGUAAUCAAAGCAGA